UUAAAAUUUUCAAAACAGUCGAUUUUCAGGCACGACAACGUUAGCGUCGUGCACGGAAAUAAACAUGAAGUUGGUAUUUAUUUUUUCCUGUAUAUCAGCAUUGUUCUUGAGUGUAAACGGUCUUCCCACGUUGGGCUUGAAAAUCGGCCCGACGAGCCAUCGCGUCUGGCGACCCCCGCGUUGCGAGACCAUACCCUUCCACGUGUCCAGCGGCAGCCAGACCUUCUACCGUUUCGUCGAGAACACGGACUCGUGCGUGCCGUUCCAGGCCGACCAGCUGCCCAACUGGUACGGCUACGAGACGAAGCAGCAGUGCGAUCUCGAGUGCCGAAACAUAAUCUCGAGACCAGAUCCAGACCCGCCGAAAAAUGAUGAGGGAGGCGCGAAAGUAGAACCGACAGACGAUUACGAUUCUGGCGAGGAGGUCUACGACGAGUACACAGAUAGUAGGGUCUGAUACGUAACAUCUCGCGCUGCCAUGACGUCACUGAUAUUAUAGAUAUAAAAAGAAAUAAGCAAACGAAGUGAAAUAAAAGAUCUAUUUUCUCAUA